AUGGCACCUGCUACCAUCCCUGCACCCCUCGACGGCAAGGUGGCUAUUGUCACAGGAGGUUCCCGAGGCAUUGGCCGCGGCAUCGCAGUCCACUUCGCGACAAAGGGCGUCGCCAAGAUUGCAAUCACCUACGCCGCCAACGCUGCUGCCGCAGCUGAGACCCUCGCGGAAGUGCGGCAUAUCAACCCGAACAUCAAAGCAACCGCCUUCAAGGCGGAUGUCUUGUCGCCCACCUUCGCACAAGACGUGGUGUCCCAGGCCUUGACCGACCUUUCGACCCAAACCAUCGACAUCAUCGUCAAUAAUGCCCCCUACGUCAACACCGAAGCAGCCCUCCCGAUCGCAUCCAUGACCAAAACGGUCUUUGAUAACCUCCUGACCGGCAACGCCUGGGCACCUGUGCAGCUCUUCCUCGCUGCCUUGCCGCACAUCCCGCGGGGCGGCCGUGUCAUCAUGAUCAGCAGUACGGCUUCAAAACAACCCAGCCCGGACCCGGUGGUCUGCUACGGCGUCUCCAAAGCUGCGCUCGACAGCUUCACACGCAGUCUCGCGCUGAUCUUCUCUGCGAAACAUGGGAUCACGAUCAAUUCGGUGUCUGUGGGUCCUACGAUGACGGAUCUCGUCCGAAUCCCCAUGGAGGCCGGCGUGUUGCCCAAAGACUUGAUUGAUAUGCUUGUCAGCAAGAAUACUGCCGACCAUAGGCUGGGUGAGGUGGAGGACAUUGCAGGGAUUGUGGGCUUCUUGGCGAGUGGCGAGAGUAGGUGGAUCAAUGGUGAGUCGGCCGAGAUUAAAGAUCCGUUACGAGCGUGCUAA